GUCCUCCCCAGCCUGAGUGAAAGUUGUCCCCGCCUGGAAGUGCGUUGCUUUGGGAUUACGCUGGUCUCCGCCGCCGCUGUUGGCCUGGUUCUUUCCCCCGGAGAGAGGCAGCGAGAUGAGGCGGAAGGAGAAGAGGCUACUGCAAAUCGCCGGGCUGCUCAUUGCUGCUCUGCUUUUCUUCCCAAAUGUCGGACUGUGGGCUUUGUACAGGGACCGAGUCUUCGACAACUCUCCGGACAACACAGCGGACGGAGCGGGCGCCUUUCCCCCGGUACAGGUGAAUCGUGUUGGUAAAGACUCUCCUGUGGGCAGAGUUGGACUGCGGAGAAUAGACUGGCACGACUAUGAGGCCAUCAAGAGGGACGCUGCCAGAGCAGGUAAUGGUGAGCAGGGGAAGGCGUUUCCUCUGAGUGACGCAGACAGAGUGGACCAGGCCUACAGAGAAAACGGAUUCAAUAUCUACGUCAGUGACCGCAUCUCACUCAACAGGUCCCUGCCAGACAUCAGGCACCAAAACUGUGCAAAGAAGCUGUACUCGGAAAAGCUGCCCAACACCAGUGUGAUCAUCCCGUUCCAUAACGAAGGCUGGUCGUCUUUGCUCCGAACAGUUCACAGUGUCCUGAACCGCUCCCCCCCAUCUCUCAUCCACGAGCUCAUCCUGGUUGACGAUUUCAGUGACAAAGAACACCUGAAGGGGUCACUGGAGGAGUACAUGGUGCGUUUCCCUAAAGUGCGUAUCCUGAGGACAAAGAAAAGAGAGGGUCUGAUCCGGACUCGACUACUCGGAGCCUCUGCAGCAAAAGGAGAAGUCAUCACCUUCCUGGACUCCCACUGUGAGGCCAACGUCAACUGGCUCCCCCCACUGCUCGAUCGUAUUGCCACAAACAGAAAAACCAUUGUGUGCCCCAUGAUUGACGUCAUUGACCACGAUAACUUUGGCUACGAGACUCAGGCCGGAGACGCCAUGAGGGGAGCGUUUGACUGGGAGAUGUACUACAAACGCAUCCCCAUCCCAUCAGAGCUACAGCAGGACGACCCCAGUGAGCCUUUUGAGUCUCCGGUGAUGGCUGGAGGGCUGUUUGCUGUGGACAGGAAGUGGUUCUGGGAGCUGGGUGGGUAUGACACCGGUCUGGAGAUCUGGGGAGGAGAGCAGUACGAGAUCUCAUUCAAGGUUUGGAUGUGCGGAGGCCGAAUGGAGGACAUCCCCUGUUCCAGAGUGGGACACAUCUACAGGAAGUACGUCCCAUAUAAGGUCCCAGGAGGAGUCAGUCUGGCCCGCAACCUGAAGCGUGUGGCUGAGGUGUGGAUGGACGAAUACGCAGAGUAUAUUUACCAGCGUCGCCCUGAGUACAGACACCUGUCGGCCGGAGACAUGACGGCGCAGAAGGAGCUCAGAGCCAAACUCAACUGUAAAAGCUUCAAAUGGUUCAUGAAGGAAGUGGCCUGGGACCUGCCCAAGCACUACCCCCCAGUGGAGCCCCCUGCUGCCGCCUGGGGAGAGAUCCGUAAUGCUGCGAGUGGGCUGUGUUUGGAGAGUAAACACUUUGUCUCCGGGAGCCCCAUCCGCCUGGACACCUGUGUGAAGGGCAGAGGAGAGACGGGUUGGGGACACGGACAGGUGUUCACGUUCGGCUGGAGGGAGGAUAUCCGUGUUGGAGACCCCAUGCACACAAAGAAGGUCUGUUUUGAUGCUGUGUCCCACAACAGCCCCGUGACCCUGUAUGACUGCCACGGUAUGAAGGGCAACCAGCUCUGGAGAUACAGGAAGGACCGGAGCCUGUACCACCCGGUCAGUAACAGCUGCAUUGACAGCAGUCCCACAGAGAGGCGAGUCUUCAUGAACACAUGUGACCCCUCCUCUCAGAGCCAGCAGUGGAUCUUUGAACGGACCAACUCUACUGUCCUGGACCACUUCAACAGAGGGGACUCCCACUGAGCGCCGGACCCCAGACAACCACAGCCAAUUACAGUCAACAGUGAAGGGAAUGAGCUGCUAGCCUCCAACUAACAUCCCCAAGGCAAAAGACUGAGGAGAAGAGGUCCACACUGUAGCAACUGAGGCAUUUUUAACUAGCUCUUCCUCUUCUUUUUAUUUUUCUUUCAGUAAUAAAGUUUAGGUCUAUUAAAUUUAAAAUAUAACAGCUUGUUAAAGUUCUGAUAAAUUAUGCAAGUUGUGGACAAGAAUUUCCAAAUUUUCCCAAAAAAUAUAUAGUUAGUUAGUUUAAUAUUUUCACAACUCAUUACUAGUCUGAAACUAUUUGGACAAGUUUGGUAAGAAUAUCCAUCCUAUUUUUGGCUCCACCACAAUGUAUUUUUUUGUGAACAAACUGAAGAUAUUUUACAAAUUCUUUAAAAUGUAUAGAAUUAUUAUUAAAUUCCAACAUAAGGUUCAACAUUAAUGACCACUGAUUAAAUUCAAUGGACAUUACUAACAAUAACUAGUUAAACUCAUUGAAACCUCACUCAUUUAUUGUGAUACAUGUUGAUGUUGAAGAACAGAAACUGAGCUGAGAAAAGAUUUUAUUUUACAACUUAUGAACUUAAAUGGGACCAAAUUUCCUGCCCUCCUUGAAACUCGUCUUGUUUCUUUUUCUCGAGGUUUUUAUUAUGUUAAAAUCGCUGCUGAUAUUUGACUGGGUGAUUGACAGGUCAGCUGACUCAAACGGAGUCGUGUGAUUGGCCGAGCCGCAGGGAGGGUGGAGGGGUUUAAAUGCAUAAAGCACUUGCGUAUUGAAAAACUUGAAUGACAUUUUAGUGCCUUGUGAGAGAGUUUGACAAACAGGGUGCAAACGAGUGUAGCAAUUGGGAAGCCUUUGCUGAGUCCUGCUAACCUCAACAAAACAUUUUAAUUUGCUAAUUUAUAGAACAAAAUAGCUUACACAUCGGGAAAACAUGAAAAUAAAUGACCAAUAAAAAGACAAUUAAAACCUUCACAAACACAGUAAACAAAUAUUCUCCAAAACUAAGAGCUAUGCAGUCUUAAUAUUUGUAAUUAUAAAAAAAAAAAAAAAAGUGAAAUUGUGUUAUAUAGUCUUGCAUCCUGGCUGUUUACGCUAUUUGAAUCAACAAAUAACAUGAUGCUGAAAAUAGUUUUGGGGAGGGGCUUGGCAAAGGACCAAUCAGAGAGCUGUGUGUUCUUCUAUUUGAUUUGAAUGAAACAUGUAUUUGCUGUGAAUAGAGCUAUGAGACUUUCCUCUGCGUUUUCCUGCCUUCAAAUGCAUUCUGCCCAAAAUUUCUCUUCUUACUUUUUAUUAUUAUUAUUAUUUUAUUUUUUUUGUCUUCUGUUUGUAUUUGAUCCAAAGUGACUUCACAUCUUUUUUGUUUCUAAAUGUUUUUUUGUUAAAUGUUAAUGGGUUUUUACUUGUUGUCUUGAUGUUCUUACUGACUUCACUUAUUUUUUUCUUUUAAUUUAUUUGUACAAAGUCUCUUCAAAUCUACAAAUAAUCACAUAAUUACAUAUGCAAUCAUGACAUAUAAUACACAAACACUUAAAGACAAUAUUAAAAAGGUUAAUAUAAUGUCCUAAAUUAGCCUUUUUUUUAACUGUUAGCCAUUUUAUGUUGUUUUUACCAGACUCAUUAUGAUUAUUGUCUACACACAAACAUGCAUCUCAUUUAUGCCGCAAUUCAAAUCAGGCUAAAGAUGAUAGCUGGCUGCUUCUCGCUUCUUCAGUGCAAUUAUGGUGAUUUUAUUAUUAUUAUUUUUUUAAAUAUAUAUACUCAGAAAUCAGAAAAGUACUUUUACUUGGUCUUGCAUAAGUCUUCAACUAUAAUGUGAAAUAUUAUGGAUAAGGUGUCAAAAAAGCCUAAAUUAAGCUUCAUAAGACUUUUAAAUUUUGUGCAAAUUUUAGUAUAGAUCAUGGAUGUAUUUUGCUUUUCUUUUUUUUUUUUUUCUUUUUUUCAACUUUCUCCAUUUUGUUUUUGAUUUGGUUGAUGUCAUAUAUCUGCAAAUCAAAGUGAAACUGAACCAUUAAAGGUGCAUUGCGUAACUUUUUAUUUGGAGGUCCGUCACCUUCUUGUUUCUAUGGAUAUGUCAUUACUCUGUCUGGAAUGUUCCACAGUAUGACAUAAAACAGCUCUGUCUUACGUUUAUUUAAUUACAGGUGGAUUUAUAGCUCAAAAAUAGAUAGAAAAAUAGGUUCCCUUUCGACAGAUCUGACCUGUGACUUGGUUUGGUUUGGUCUCCACGAAUAUAGAAAGGCUUAAUGUCAUACUGUGAAACAUUCCACACAAAGCAAUUACACCUCCAUGGAGAAAAGCAUUUGACAGACCCUCUACCAGAAGAGGUACACAAUGCAGCUUUAACAUACAUGAUUUUAAGGUCCAUUUGUGUUCUGUGAACUGGCUAACCCUCAUUUUAUUGAGUUGAACCAAACCAACCUCAGCACAAUAUGCAAUUUGCCACCAUAUUCAUCAUGGGCAGAAAUGGGGACACUGAGGACAAAGGCCAUUCAAAACUAGGCCAAGAUUUUAAGAAAGACUUUAUUGUCCCCUAAGAAUAAGAAAUACAAUGCCCUCUGCAUGUGACCUAUCCUUCACCGAGGUCAACCUGUCAGGAGCAGUGGGACAGGUGCAGUGUCAGAAGUAGCACCUGCCCUCUGAACCUUCUUUAGAGUCCAAGAUUUUAAAUUUUUUUAAAAGUCAGACUUAGUUGGAGAGUUGGCGUAUUGUACAUUUUUGUUCUCUACAAUUUAUGAAGAUGUACCCUUUCAUAUAGGGGCAGUCAAAUGUCUUGCCAAGGGACACAAUGGCACUAAGAACUGACUGUUAUCGGACAUUGGACUAGCAGCCAAAUGCUUUUAACUCUAAUGAAUAAAUAGUUAAUUAAGGAUGAUUCAAGCUCAGUAAAUACUUAAUUAAAACCCUAACACUACCUCCUAAAUCUGACCCCUUAGUUAAGUUAAUCUGCUUAAAUCAUUCUUAAUAAACUAUUUGUUCUAAACUGUGUAACUUGGUCUGCCAUCAGCUUGUCUCCAGGGUGAUGUUAUUGCUUUGCCUGGGAUGUUCCAGAGUACAGCAUUAAACGAAUAUCUGCAUCUUGCAUUUAUUUAAUUAAAGGAGUUUAUAUUUCUUAAAACUACCACAAAAAUGUGCAUUAUUACGGCGAGCGAGCCCACUUCUCCACAGAUCUGACAUGUAUUGCACUUUACCUGGUAAUGUGGCUGCUUUUCUCCAUGGAGAUAGCCAAAAUGCCAUACUGUAGAACAUUCCAGGAAAAAAAAACAACAACAUUGGCAUGUAGUCAAGUGGGUGGUGGACCCUCUACCAGAAAAGUUUAUAGUGGUAACAGAAAUAUUUCGUUGCUAUCACAAAUAUGUAUAUGCCCAAUACAAAGCAUUAGAUUGAUAUAAACUCUCUCAAUUGCUCAUUUUUAUAUUAUAAAUGAACCAACAAAUGCAAAAUGUGACUUUUUGCAAAACAGCAGUCAUUCAGUCAUCAUUUGCAGAUAUAUUAUAGAGAAACCAAGGCAGGCUGAGCUUAUUAUUUAUCCAAUUAGAAUAAUAUUUUAAAAGGUUCAAUCUAUCACAGGUAGUCAUUUUUUAUCCAACAAUGAUAUGGACAAAUACCAAAAAAUGAUCCACAAAGCAACAUUUUACACCAACUAUAAUGGAUAUGACCGGCUGUGACUUGGACCUCAAAGUUUUUGUUUAAAUUUGCUGCCACACUUUGUUGAAUAAGCUCAUGUUUUUCUGUUGCACAUUUAAGUUAUGUUUUGGGUCGACGUCUGUAUGCUGUUCCUUUACAUAUGUUGUGUGUUUCUAUUUGGUUUUAUGUUUUGAUUGUGAAAAUCUCAGACAAAACUGUGCAAAAUUCAAAAUAUAUUUUGCAUUUACUUUUGAAUUAUUCAAACCCAACAAGUAACCACUGCAAAAACAAGUAUGACAUGAUUUAUUAUACACAUAUUUAAAGGCGCACUAUGUAACUUUUCUGGUGGUAAGGUACACUAACUGCUCUUUUUAGAUGUCACUGGUUUAACAGGAAUAUUCCACAGUAUGGCAUUAAACUUAUCUUGUUUUCAGUUAGUUAUUUGCUCAAAAAUACCUUGAAAAACAUCUCUCCAUAGAUCUGACCUGCACCUUGUGUCACAAGCUCCAUGGAGAAAGAUUAAUUUAAUACCAUACAGAGGAACAUUACAGAUAAUGCCAUGGAGACAAGCAGGUGUUACCAACAAAAAUGUCAUAGUACACCUAGUAAAAUAAAAUAAAUAAUAAUAAUAAUAAGAAUAAUAAGAAUAAUAAUAAUAAUAAUAAUAAUAAAAUGUGUAAAAUGAAUGAAUUGGUAACAUCUGUACUGUGGAGAAAACAAGUUUGGUAAAAGAUAAUAUUUUCAUUAUGGCAGAAAUAACAAAGAAAAUCAAUCAUUUAAUAUUCAAAAUAAAUGGGGAAAAAAUUUGGAAAAUUCGGCUAAAACGGAUAUAAUUGUAUGUGGGUUUUUCUUUUUCUCUUUUUUUUUUUUUUUUUUUUGUCUAAAUCUGGUUUGUGUUUUUAAGGGCAGAGGUUUUUAAACUGUGCAAUUUUCUUGUGGAGGAACUGUACAUUUUGUAUCUCAAGCAGAAACUGAUAUUUUUUUCUACUGACAUAGCACCUGUAAAGCUGUAUUUAGAUAUAUAACAAAGGUAUAAUUCAAAUGGAAAUGUGUCAUAUUUUUGCUGAGAUUGUAAAAUAAAAGUUUCUAUAUUUGGACAAAGAGUUUGAUUUCAAUAAAAAACAACAUUGUAAUCUCA